AUGGGAAGACAGGGGGGUGAGGAAGGGCUUGAGGAGCAAGGGCAGGGUGCUCGGCGUGGGUUGAGAACUGGGGAGGGAUGUUGGAUUGGGUACGGAGUACGUGCUGUCAGCAAGGAUGCGGAUACGUUCGAAUGGGUACGUACCGUGGGUGGACGGAUGGGGAUACUCGGGUGUUUGACGGUUAUUCGUCGCAGAAUUCCUAACCAAUCAGAUAACGAUAAAAUAGUGGGAUACACAGUGAGGAAUUUCUUUCGUCUGAGGUCACCUGGGCCCCACCCGGCUAGCUCCGUUUUCGGCGCGAAGCUUGAACUUGCUUGGCGCGGUACCCGACGCAAGGCGAGAAAAGUGCCGCAGAUUCCCGCAACGCCGGCGCAGGUUGAGGAAGUCGCGAAAGGUCGCUCCGGCCGUGCGUCCUCUGGGCGUUUCCACCCAAAUCACCGCCUGAGAGAGGUUCUCGACACUGUUUCUGAACACUGUGUGGCGCCCGCUACUCCGAUCCGUCUUUCCAUCUCCCGCGCUGGUGUUGGCCUGUUGACGAUGUUGGCCCCCCUUGGUGAUGGUCCUCUGUGUCUCUUUCACUCCGACGGUGGAUAUGAGAAAUGGGGAGGCCCCUGCGAGCCCUGA